AUGGCAAGCUCCUCAUCCACCGGCAAUCGAGCCAUUCGUUCUCUGCAAGGCAUCAGUCUUGUCAAGGUGCAAGGUCGUAAUUAUCGUGUCAACACUCGUUCUAUGCAGCGCCGGCCCGACAACGGAGACGUGUCAGCUUCUUCAUCAAGCGAUUCUGAAAACGAGACGAUAUACACGGAGGAGAUCAUUACAUACCAUCAUCCCGUACAUCCCAGGUUUCAUGGCAAAUUGAUAGGACGUGGUGGAAGCACGCUCAAAAGCUUACGUGUUAAAACGGGCACGCGCAUUGACAUCAACAAGACACGUGACACGGUGAUGAUCAAGGGUACCAAAGACAAGGUGGAAAAUGCCGCCAAUGCUAUUGAUGAAAUGCUCUACAAGUACAAGGAACGCAUUCGACCAACGCAUUUCUUGUCGCUCCCAAUUGCAUCAACGUACACAGCACGCAAGUUUGAAGAGUUUCGAUCCUCCAUUCUAUCAUCCACAUUCAAGUGCGAAGGUCUUGACGAGUCCAUCAUUGUCAAUCCAGCAAAUGUCCAUAUCACACUCGGCGUGUUUAAGCUUUUGCAUCAGGAUGAUAUCGAGGAAGCAGUACGAUUCUUGAAGCACGAGUGUCCCAAGGUUGUACGGGAAGCUAUGCAAGGUCAUCGGAAUUUGAGCGCCCAUCUACGGGAUCUAAAGAUCAUGCAAACAAAUCCAGCGGAUGCACAUGUAUUAUACAUUGAACCCAAGGACGAGAGUGAAGAUGGUGUUUUGAGAAAGCUUUGCACUUCAGUGAAUCAAAAGAUGAUGGAAAGUGGAUUGAUGGUUGAAGAUGAUCGACCCCUGAAGCUUCACGUGACAUUGAUCAACACAGCCCAUCGAGCAAAAUCCCCCGAAGACAGUGCACGGCGACCAUUUGACGCAAGACCUAUUCUCAAAGAAUUUGGAAACUUGGAUCUAGGCAAUGUGCAAUUUGAUAAGCUGCAUCUCAUGCAAAUGGGUCGACGUGGUCCUGGGGGCACUUACAUUAGCGAAGGAUCUAUCCCUAUCAUUGAAUCAUAG